GAGCCCAUGAGCUUGGAACCGCACUCCUGCCUUCCCGAUUCCAAGGUUCUUCACCCACUUGCCAUCUUUAUCCACGGUUCGAACUUGCGGGAGAGGCCUCAUUUCCACCUUCCUUAAUCAGGCUACUCCAAUCGCAAAUCUAGCCUUUCGUCUUGUUGGUCAAGCGCACGACACAACGAUAAGCGCGUACAACUUCAAUCCCCCACGCCCACUCUUACCACCUCACACGACACCCUGCGAAACCCUGCGCAUCCCCAUCGCAAAAAUGGCAAACACAGGCAGUUCCUUCGCGACAUACAUGAUCGUCGGCCCGACAUGUUUCUUCCUGGGCAUCCUUUUUGCCUCGCUACCCUACGACUACAACGUCCUCUGGUCAACACCCGACGACCGCUCGCUAUACUUCAACAUCCUAGAGGACCACCUUAAGUUCCUCUACGCAUCCCCGCCCAUCAUCUCCCGCAUUCUCAACAUCGUAAUCGGCACCGGCAUCAUUGGCUUCUUGUGGAAGCUCUUCAAGCCCAGCCAAGCAAACAUGCUGUUCGAUGGCGCAUCCCUGGUCCUGUACAUGGCAGGCAUCACGGUAUACUUGACGAACAUCGUCAAGGGGUUCCGAGUCGUAACAGCGGGGAUCUACGGCGUGGGCGUCGAUGUGGAGGAUGGCGGAGCGGAGGAUUACAUCUCGAGGGAGGACACGUUGAGGGUGUUCGCGGCUAGUAAUACGAUCUUGGCGCUUGUGUUAGUCGGCGUUUUGGUGCUGCAGGCGGGGCAGUGGUAUGCCAAGAGGGCCGAGGAGAAGGAGAUUGAGGAGAUUGAGAAGAAGGCUGAUGAGAAGCGGGGAGCGGGGAAGAAGAAGCAGUGAGCGGGCGUGUGAAUCGAGUAGGGUGAUAUUGCAUGCGGAUAUGCUUUGGAUUUUGGUUUGGCAUGUUUGGACACGCUGCGAUGAGUUGGG